UCACGCUCCCGUGCCGAUUUUAGUCUCCCCUUUUCUUCGAUCUUCUGUUCAGUCAAAUUUCAAAAUGGCUAAGGAAGCAAUAGACGCUCCUCCAAAGGGUGGGUUUAGUUUCGAUCUCUGCAGAAGAAAUGAAAUGCUAGUGCAAAAGGGUAUGAAGUUUCCCUGUUCUUUCAGGAAGACAGGAACAACCAUUGUUGGUCUAAUUUUCCAGGAUGGUGUCAUUCUUGGAGCAGACACAAGAGCCACUGAAGGGCCCAUAGUUGCUGAUAAGAACUGUGAGAAAAUUCAUUAUAUGGCUCCCAACAUCUAUUGCUGUGGAGCGGGUACUGCUGCGGAUACAGAGGCUGUGACAGACAUGGUCAGCUCCCAGUUGCAGCUACACCGUUAUCACACUGGUCGGGAGUCAAGGGUCGUUACAGCUCUUUCCCUUCUUAAGACUCACCUUUUCAGUUACCGUGGGUAUGUUAGUGCUGCUUUGGUACUUGGUGGAGUUGAUGUCACAGGGCCACAUUUGCACACUAUCUAUCCUCAUGGAUCAACUGACACUCUGCCAUUUGCAACAAUGGGUUCUGGAUCUUUGGCAGCCAUGUCUGUCUUCGAAUCGAAGUACAAGGAAGGCCUGACUAGAGAUGAAGGAAUACAGCUCGUAAGUGAGGCUAUAUGUUCUGGAAUUUUCAACGACUUGGGAAGUGGGAGCAAUGUUGAUGUGUGUGUGAUAACUAAGGGACACAAAGAGUAUUUGAGGAACCACCAGCAGCCAAAUCCUCGGACAUAUGUCAGUUCGAAAGGCUUUUCUUUUGCCAAGGGUCAGACAGAGGUUUUGACAACAAAAAUCACCCCACUGAAGGAGAAAGUGGAAAUAAUUGAAGGAGGUGAUGCAAUGGAGGAGUGAGACGUAUUUCAGAGAGGGCAGGCACUUGCUGACACUUAAUUUUGUGGAGGCAGGAAAAAGGAUGAUAUGUUUACCAAUUUAGUAUGUUUUUGAUGAUGAUGGAAUGCAAUAUCUAUGUACUUUUCACCACCAAAUCAUACUGAACUUGUGGAACAAAAGUUUUCUUAUUUUGUCAUUCUAGCCAUUCCCAUGGGGCUGCAAGUAUGAAAGUCUAGCUGCAGAACUUGGAUUGUAGGUCCCAGGAAAAAUGACUUAACAUUCAGAUUACUUUUAGUAAGGUUUCUUAUGAUAUG